AUGAUUAGAUCAAAAUCCGAGAUCCGAAUGAAGCGCAACGAGUUCAAAUCUACUAAAUCUCCUAGUGUUGCCGGAUAUUUUCCUCCUCCUCCGCCUUCGUCAACCGUUAGUAGCAACUCACUCGCUCCUCCUAUCGCUGCGGUCUCUGCAGUGGUUCAGAGCAGGACUAUCUUACAAGGAAUUAGUGUCUUUCUCCUCAACAGGGGCUGCAAACGCAUUGCUCUCUUCUACGACAUGCGUACCACCGACUUUGACAUUCCCGAGACUAGCGUUGAUACUAAGGAGUCAAUCACUGGCUGUAAAAUUCGUGGUGAGCAUUCAAAACUUGACCAAAAUUAA